AUGGGACCCUUCCUUCCGUCAGCCGCCCCUGUCAAACUUGGGGAAGUAUCCCUUGAGCACGUCACACGCCUCCUCCUUGGCCUCCUCGGCCAAAUCAAACACCUUGAACAGGAAGUCAGGGAAAUCAAAGAAGCAGGGAUCAAGACCCGCACCAAUGUCAAAAACAUAUCCCAAACUGUCGAUGUUGUCAAGGAUGGGCUUAGAAGCCUCCAACUUAGGGGGCCCACAACCCCCAAAGAUACCAAGCCCCCAAUCGUGGAAGCAACGCCACGCCCCCUACCAAAGACUGACUCUGCUGGACCGUCUAGCCCAUCUCCCCCUCUAUCUCCACGUCUCCGAUCCCCAAUUGGAGUCUCUGCCCCUCCACCUCCGGCUCCAAUUGCCGCUUAUCCUGCCCCGGUCAAAGUAGACCACCCAGAUGCCUACACAGGCAAGAUUGGGAGUGAAGCCAAGCAGUGGCUCACAAGGAUGCUGGCAUGGACCCAGUUGAACGCCCAAAUGUUCCCCACGGAUCAGGAGGUUCUAUCCUUCCUCCUGAUGAAUAUGAAGGAUGCUGCCAGGGCCUGGGCCCAUCCUCACCUCAAUCAGCUUGCAUUUGGCAACCCUGACGCCACAAGGGCCGCUGAGCGGAAGAUCACCACCCUCACCCAAUCCGGCACAUGCUUGGAUUACAUCACAAAGUUCAGAACCCUUGCCAUGGAACUGGACUGGAAUGACGCGGCCCUUAGAGGCCAGUUUGCCCAAGGCCUCCAUUGGGAGGUCAGCCGCCAAAUCGCUACACGCAAGACUUGCCCACGCACCCUCCUUGAGCUGCAAAAUGCGGCACUUGUUAUUGACAACGCUCUCCGUGAAGAGCAAGCUAGCCACCCACCAAGGGAUAAUAAGCCUAGCAGACCAUCCAACCCUGCUGUUAUGGGGACGAGUACCGGCCAAUCCACGACCAGUUCAAAGAAACUCUCUGAUGACCCCAACUUUGUAUCAGAGGAAGAACGCAACCGCCACCGCGCCGCAGGCGCCUGUAUCAAAUGCAGCAAAAUGGGUCACAAGUUUGCGGAAUGCCGCAUGGGCUGGAAGGCUACCCCUAUUGAGGACAAGGGGAAGGCUAAGGAAACCGCCAAAAUUGGCAAAGACUCCAAGUACCAAUUGGGAAAAGAAAUCUCUCCCCUCUUCACAAUUUUGAUUAAACCAGAGAAGCAAGCGGAACAAUUAGAAGUCCUGAUAGACUCAGGCGCCACAUUGUCAUUCCUUCACCCCCGUACCGCCAAGGCAUUAUGCCUACCUCUCAUAGACCUCCCAACUCCCCGCACUGUUACUAUGCUCAAUGGGUCAAGCCCCCAGGCUGGAAAGAUUUGGAAGAAGGCUCAUCUAACCUUCCUAAUUGAUGGCAAGCGCAUGACGGAAACCUUUCUGAUUUGCAACACCGGAACACACGCUGCCAUCUUAGGGAUCAAAUGGUUGGAAACGCACAACCCCAAAAUCGACUGGAACUUACAAACUCUCUCCUUCCCUCACAAACCGCCAGAACAUGUGGCCAUUGCCGAGGAGGAAGAAGCUGACCCAAAUCCCUUGGAAGGAGUACUGUGUCAUGACCCAUGCCUUUGCUGGCAUGUCUCCUGA